AUGAGAACGGCACCAGUGCUCAUCUCAGGACUUGACGAGUCAACAACCAUAGAAGAGCUGAGGGCAGUUCUUGCUGAAAGAGACCCAGAGCUAGCAGACAUCAAACCCUUCACCAUCCGAACAGCAGCCAACGGCUGGAGCACUGCAAAGAUCGAGACCUCGAUACAGUCGGCAUUGCGGCUAGCUGCUGAUCCCAAAUUGAGGAUUGGAUGGAGCAACUGCAGGAUAAAGCUGCUCGGGGAAAAGAAAAGGGUUUGUUUCCGAUGCCUAGAAACCGGGCAUGUAGCAGCAGGAUGCCAGGGGGAAGAUCGUUCCAACCGCUGCAUCAAAUGUAGGAAGGAUGGUCAUGUGGCCAAGAAUUGCGAAACGCGAGCCACGACUGGGUCAAUGCCGCGUAAUGAGGCCGGAAGGACCAACGGACCAGGUCCUAAGAACGGUCCCGCUAGUGCCUCUGACGUACCACAUGUCGCAGGCACUGUCGGGACACGGCUGUUUUCAAUACUAUCUGCACAGGCGAGCCAGGGCCACCAGCCCCAUCUGUCUCCAGUGCUUGAGCCACGAGGACACCGCAGAGCACACCCUCACUGA